AUGCUUACAUUAAUGCAAUUGCUAGAUUUAUCGUGCGAUGUAGACGGAGUGAAGAUAUCGGACGUGUCUGAUUGGAAUAAUGAGACAUCGCAUAGUCUACAACUACAAGCAUCACGCGACCAGGACCAUAUGCAGCUGCAACAACGUGAUCGGGAGCAGUUGAAUCGCGACAAAUUGCAACAGCAACGCGAUCGGGACAGUGAACGGGAACAUCUGCAUCAGUUGCAGUACAUCGGCAAUUUGCUAGUAGAUCCUUCACCGGCGGCCAACUUUCAGGGAUAUUCGCACGAUUCGUCUUGCACUCAAAUUAAUAAGAACAACAAUAUCGAUGGAGACAUGUCAAUUUCGGAUUUAUUUGGACUGGGUUUACCCCGGGGAUCAUUGAUAGGCAGCCAGUCAACAGCUGCGUCUCCCGGUUGUCGUAAUUAUCAGUAUCAGGGUCGCAAUCAAGGAUCUUCUCAACAUUAUCAGGGAGAUGACAGAAGUGGAAUUUGCUCGAACUCAUCAAUUUUAGACGUUCCAAGUUCUCCAAGUUCUAUUACGACACCUGGCAGUCCUAGCACCCCCGGAAGUCUUUACUCCAACCCUUAUUCGUAUUCAUCUACGAAUAGUAGUAAUCAGACAGCAUCAUCGCCAAAGAGUCGAGGAUCUAUGCAACAUGUGGGUUCACCUACGUCGCCUAUUCAUUCUCCUUAUUAUGGUAGACCUAUCCGUGGGUCACCACCUUACAGCGACUGCAGUAGUCCUACCUUAGAAUAUCCUCAUGUGAUGGGGUGCAAUGGAUCAAGAUCAAACUCACCAGCGGACUCAGACACGAGUGGUAUAAGUAGUGUGGAUGGGUCUCUAUCCGAUAUAAUGAACUGUUUAUCGUUAAACUCAUCGUCACACGAAUGUUACCCUCAGUCUCUGGGUUCGUUGAUGUCACCGGAAGUGGAUUUAUGUACGAAUAAUAGAGCAGCCGCGUUUCAACGAAUGGCAGUGAAAAAAUAUUUAUCUUCACCUCAUCAAAAUUCAUCGUCGACGCACCAUCAUCAUUCACAUGGACACAAUCGCGGUCAUCACUAUGGAUCAAAUCAAACUGGCGGUUUUCUGAAUUCUUUUCUGUCACAUGAAAAAAACUGUUGUUCCACUGGAAAUCAUAUGAUGGCUCUGAAUUCAUCCCCAAUAAAUAUUUUAGAUCCACAGAUCUCACUUGAACGUGUAGCACGUUUUCAUCGCAGUGCUGCUGCACUUUGUGACCCAACUUGUACUUGGAGUGGCAUAUUGCCACAACGCACACAAAAACCAUCAGGUUACUCAUCUAAGGUAUUCCUUGGUGGUGUACCUUGGGAUAUUACCGAGUCUCUUUUAAUGGCAACUUUCAAGCAGUUCGGUCAAAUACGAGUGGAAUGGCCAGGGAAAGAUCAGUCCGCGACACAACCAAAAGGAUAUGUAUAUAUCAUUUUUGAAUCCGAAAAACAGGUAAAAACUUUAUUGGCAUGUUGUACACAUGAUUUUACCAAUGGUGGCAGUUGGUAUUAUAAAAUAUCAUCUAAACGUAUGAAAGCAAAAGAGGUACAAGUGAUACCUUGGAUUCUUGAAGAUAGUAAUUAUGUAAAAUCUUCAUCGCAGAAGCUUGAUCCCCAUAAAACAGUAUUUGUCGGUGCUCUUCACGGUAUGCUGACUGCUGCUGGUUUAGCAAAAAUUAUGGAUGAUCUAUUUCGUGGGGUUAUUUAUGCGGGUAUUGAUACUGAUAAACACAAAUAUCCAAUCGGAUCUGGCCGUGUUACGUUUAGUACAAAACAUUCAUAUAUGAAAGCAAUUUCAGCUGCUUUCAUAGAAAUUAAAACUGCCAAAUUUACAAAAAAGGUUCAAGUUGAUCCGUAUUUAGAAGAUUCUAUGUGUUCCGGUUGCUCUGUACAGCAAGGACCUUAUUUUUGUCGUGAAGUGGUGUGCUUCCGAUAUUUCUGUCGCAGUUGCUGGCAAUGGCAACAUUCAAUGGAAUCAAUGUGGCACCAUAAGCCUUUAAUGCGCAAUUCCAAGACAAAUCAAGUAGUUGGAUUAUCACCCAACGUAAAUUCCUGGCCUCGUGGAAUGAAUAAUCCCACAAUUUAA